AUGGUGUGGCUUACAGAACAGCAGAAAUUCGGUGUUGGUUUCACCGCAGGUGGUUUGGUGUUUUUCUUAUUGGGUAUUGCAACAUUUUUUGAUUCUGCUUUAUUAGCACUAGGUAAUCUUCUAUUUGUUAUUGGUGUUGUCUUAAUCAUUGGGCCUCAAAGAACUGUGGUAUUCUUUACUAGACCAACAAAGAUUCGUGGUUCAAUUGCAUUUACAUUAGGUAUUUUCUUGAUCUUAUUCAAAUGGCCAUUCACUGGAUUCUUGAUUGAAAGCUUUGGUAUACUAGCCUUAUUUGGUGAUUUCUUUGCAGUUAUUGUUUCAUUCUUAAGAAGUGUUCCAAUAAUAGGACCAAUCCUUUCACACCCUGUCGUUGCACCUGUUGUUGAUAAAAUCGCUGGUGUUAGAGUCCUCCCAGUUUAA